AUGGGUACUGCUGCGGCAGCAUCACAGGCCUUCGGGGGCCCCCAUGGAGGGUCUAGCGGUCGCUGCUUGCGGGCUCCUCCUCCGUACGGAGCAGCCGCCGCCGCUACACAUCCAAGCGGCAGCAACAGCAGCAGCAACAGCAGCAACAGCAGCAGCAGUAGCAGCAUCUGUACAGUCUCAGAAGAAGAGAAGCAAACGGGAAGGGCAGCAGCAACAGGGAGGAGAGGAGCCGCUGCAGCAGGAGCAGGAGGAGGAGCAGCAGCAGCCGCAACCGCAUCCCAGCAGAUACUGCCAUUGGCUGUAGCCGAUACACCUGCAGCAGCAGCGACAGCAGCAGCAGCACGAGGAGGAGGAGCAGCAGCAGCAGCAAUGAGUAAAGAGAUGAGUAGGCCUACUCCUCCUCUUCCUGCCCAGCCUAUGGGAAUCCUUGUAAAGGGACACUCGGGACAAAAACACGUGGGAGGUGUAAGCUGGGACGAGGAGGUGAUAGCUGAGCAUGACUUACUGCGAGGAACAAGAGAGAAGAUAACAGAACCCAAGACACCAUAUAAUAGAGAAAGGAUUGACGGGGUGGAAGAUGACGAGGACGUGCCGCAUGCAGUAGAUCCCCAGGAGCUUGCUUCUCGUCUGCAGCAGCUGCAGCACGACACGGAGGUGAUGGAGCAGCAGCAGCAGCACAAGAAAGAUUUUAAGGAGAAGAGGAAGCAGCACUAUAAUGAAUUCCAGCAAAGCAAGUUGUUGCUGCAAACUUUACAAGAUGAGGAUGACGAGUAG